AAAGACAAUUUUUUUCCUGGAAAAAAUGUUAAUUGAUCGCAGAAAUCAUCUCAUCACUCAGUUUUUCCUUGGUGAUGGUAACAAUCUCAUCUCCUCCAGCGCCUGUUGCGAGACGCUGACCCGGACUCUACCGUCUACCUGACGUCGGGCUACUUCAACCUAACCCGGGCGUACAUGCGUCUGGUGCUCGGGGCUGGGGCCGACUACCAAAUUCUCACCGCCUCCCCGGAGGUGAACGGCUUCUUUGGGGCCAAGGGCGUCGCCGGCGCCAUCCCAGACGCCUACACGCACAUCGCCAGGCAGUUCUACGAGCGCGUGCGUCAGCUGGGCCAGCAGGGCCGCAUCCAACUACAUGAGUACCACAGGCCACAGUGGACCUUCCAUGCCAAAGGUCUGUGGUACUACCUCCAUGGGCAGGACCGGCCUUGCCUCACACUUAUCGGCUCCCCCAAUUUUGGCUACCGCUCAGUUCACCGCGACCUGGAGGCUCAGAUCGCCAUCGUCACAGACAACGAGCAGUUGCAGGACCAACUGCGGGAGGUCCGUUUCUUUUUUUAAUUCCGUCAUCGCCCGACAGUCGGAC